AACCAGAAAAAUGCCGAUCACUAUCGUCUCGGACGUGCACAAGGCCUCCUUUACAGACUAUGGUAAUGGAUUCAAAGGCUCAGUUACACACGCCGACAGGGACAAGCAAAACCCAUUGAGUAGCGGAUUCAUGGAAGUGAGGGAAAGUGAGGGUAGGGCUUAUAACUAUAGUAUUUCUCACGAGAUCUCUCUCGUGCUUGAGGGUGAACUCGUUUUGGAAGAUCAGGCGCAUCCAGGCGAGAAAAAAAUCGCAAAGAAAGGGUCCGUCGUGCGCAUUGACAGAGGUACGACGGCCAGGUGGUCUUCGCCCACAUAUGGCAAAGCAUUCUGGGUCGCACAAAUCGAUGAAGAUUCCCUCGCUCGCCAUGAUGAAUUUGUUGUUCCUGACUGACCUUGAGGGUUGAACAAAUGGAGGUUUGUUUGCUGUGUUAUCAUGGGGAAUAUAACUUUGGACCUUCUGUAUUGUAUAUUUCAUGUUCAUACAACCUCCAGUAUGGGUUGAUUCGAAGGGAUAAAUAUUCAGUAGUAUCGUAACAACGAGCAAGCUAUAAAUGU